AUCGUAGGGGAGGUGUAACCGGCGCCUUAUCACCACUUUUCGGGGGAGGGAGGUCCCGAGAGCGGGCGGUCCGUGUGAGAAAACACUCCACCAGCUCCGGGAAGUCACCCAGAGCGGCUUCAGCUCAGCGGAAACGAGGCAGAGCUCCGGCCGUGCGACAGGUGCCAGCGAGCGGCAGACACACUCAGCUCCCCCCGGGCACGACCAGACUAAGUUGUGGGUAAAAAAAGAAAAUAAAAAUCUAUCAGAAGCAUGUCGAAUCUCAGACCUAGGCGUUGUGUGCUGGAGAAGGGUCCGGACGGGUACGGCUUCCACCUCCACGGAGAGAAGGGGAAGACGGGCCAGUUCAUCCGGCUGGUGGAGCCCGACACCCCCGCCUCGGCCGCCGGGCUCCUCGCGGGGGACCGGCUGGCCUUCGUCAACGGGGAGAGCGUGGAGGGGGAGAGCCAUGCCCAGGUGGUGGCCCGGAUCCGAGCGAGCCCCGGGAACCUGGAGCUCAUCGUGGUGGACCAAGAGACCCUGGAGCUGCUCAAGAAGCACGACCUGAAGUGCCAGAAGGAGUACGUGACCGAGGGCAUCCCCGUACCGGGCAGCAGCGGCGGCGGCGGCGGCGGGGACAGCGACGCGGAGAGGGCGGACACACACAGCAGCAACGGGAGCCGCAGGGGGUCCAGCCCGGUGCCGCCGCAGGAGAACGGGGACAGGGCUUCGCAGAGGUCCAGUGUGUCCAAGGAGGAGAAGAGCGGACCGAGGCCCCGUCUGUGCUACCUGAAGAAGGGAACGGGCGGAUACGGCUUCAACCUCCACAGUGAGAAGUCCAGACCGGGACAGUUCAUCCGAGCUGUGGACGACGACUCUCCCGCUCAGAAGUCCGGACUCAGACCCAAUGACAAGAUCGUACAGGUGAACGGUGUGUCUAUGGUGGGGAAGCAGCACUCCGACGUGGUGGGGGCCAUCAAGGCGUCCGGAAACGAGGUGCGCCUCCUGGUGGUGGACGCAGAGGCCGACCACUACUUCAGCCAGUGCAACGUCCAGCCCUCUGAAGACCACAUCAACGGGCCCCUCCCGGAACCCCGAGCCGAGCAGCCGUCAGACGAGGAGCAGCAGCCAGCGGCAGCAGAGGAGCGUAAAGCUAAGACCUCCGUGAGCUCUGAGUCCAGCGCCUCUUCACACUCGCCUCAGCCCAGCCCGGGCGCCACCCCAACGCAGGAGGAGCCAGAGAGCGACACUCUGGGGUUGGGUCUGUCUGUAGCUCAGGCCAGAGAACGAGCGCACCAGAAGAGAAUGUCCAAGAACGCCCCGCGCAUGGACUGGAACAAGAGAAAAGAAGUCUUCAGCAACUUAUAAACCCCGCCCAGUUACCACCUGAACCUCCGCGAGCGCCCGGACCUCCAGUCUCCCCCCGUCACCACCCGAACCCCCGCGAGCGCCCGGACCUCCAGGCUCCCCCCGUCACCGCCCGAACCCCCUGAACCCCAGCGAGCGCCCGGACCUCCAGGCUCCCCCGUCACCACCUGAACCCCCGCGAACGCACCACCCGAACCCCCGCGAGCGCCCGGACCUCCAGGCUCCCCCGUCACCACCUGAACCCCCGCGAACGCACCACCCGAACCCCCGCGAGCGCCCGGACCUCCAGGCUCCCCCCGUCACGGCCCGAACCCCCGCGAGCGCCCAACAGUUUUUCGGUGAAACAGUGUUAAAAAGAUGAUUUCUCAGUUUAAUCGUAGGGUUUUCCCACUUUGUAAUUUUUCUUGUGAAAUGUUUUACACACAAUGAAAGUUGAAUAUUUAUGAAUGAUAAAAGUAAUGUACAGUUUAUGAUGAGGAGGAGCGAGCGGUGUGAUUUGUGUGAUCGUGUCUGAGCGGGUGACAGUGCGUCCAAUCACAAUCACACGUUUGGAAUGAAUGCACUUUGUACUGCCACUGUCACAUUUCAUCACUUUGAAAUACAAUGACAAACAAAUGUUAGAUUUGUACAUACCUGAAUUUAUGAUUAAAAGAUCAUUUAAUACUU